GCAGCUCCGGAGCGUGUCCGGGCCUCGUGUCUCCCUCCCUCCGCGCGGCCGAUGGGGGAUUCCGGUUUUUCCAGUCGGUUCCUUCAGGUUUAAACUGCAGCGGCUGUGAGACCCGCGUCAGUCCGAGCAGCAGCAGCCGCAGCAUCAUGGCCUCCAGCACCGCCACCAUGGGAAACCUCCCCCGCGGGAUCGGAAUAUGUACGACCAUCCCCGACAUCCUCUACCUGCCAGAACUGAUCUUCGGCGGCCUGGUGUGGAUCCUGGUGGCGUGCACGCUGGUGGUGCCGGCGAAUCCUCAGGGCUGGGUCAUGUUCGUCUCCGUCUUCUGCUUCGUCAUGACCUUCAUCUGGAUGCUGGUGUUCACCUGCGGGGGUCAUCACAACAGAGGCAGCUGGGCCGCAGCAGACUUUGCGUAUCACGGCAUCGCCGCCUUCUUCUACCUCAGCGCCUCAGUGGCUUUGGCCAAAGUGACUCUGGAGAUGAAGGACGGGACAAAGUUACAGAACUAUCAGCUGGACAUCUCUGCAGUGGUUUUCUCGUACGUGGCGACUUUGCUCUACUUCAUCCACACCAUCCUGUCGGCCAUCCGGUGGAAAUCCUUCUAGAAGUUUCCUCCCUGCAGAGCAGAACCAGAACUGAGCAGAUUCUUAUUGGUGGUGAAGGCUUUAGAUCUCCUCUCUGCUCGGAGAGGAGGCCGCGGAGCAACAUCUGGAUCGUCCCACUCUGCGCUGGUGAACGACAGUCGAGGCCGGCGCUGGCGGUUUGUGUCACAGAGACACUUCAGCUCCUCGGACAACAGACAGACUCCGUUUCUACUGACGCUGUAAACACUGACGUGGACGAGAUGAUGUGAGACAGAGUAAUAAUCCAGCUCAUUUGAAACGGAUUGAAAACACCUGGAGAAGUACUCCGAUGCUUUACUGUAAAGUAAGUACAUGAAGUACAAAUACUGCAAUGUUCAUAGUCAAACUUUAAUCUGAUCCACAUUAAAACAUCUGAAAACAACUUGAACCUAUUAGAUAAACGUGUCACAGACAUUUAACUGUGUGUUUCUGAGGGGUUUUAUUAUUUUGUCCACUGAUGAUAUUUGAAUUAAAAAGGUUCUGAUGUGACGGUUUUUAUAUUUUUAUAAACUUUGUCAAACUGAUUCUAAAAAGCUUUGAUGUGGAAACAGAAAGUGAACCAGGAUGUAAAUUAUGAUUUUUCUUUUGUUACAGUUCAUAACCGACAGCUUAGUUUUUGUAAAUGUUUGAAAGUAUUGAAUUAAUUGUGAAAUGAAUAAGUUUGUUUUAACAUUUGAAAUAUAUUUUGAAUAAUUUUAUUAAAAAAUCUACACAAACAAAUAAAAUGCAUUUUGACUGUUA